GUUGGUUUUCUCUUUGAUGUCACUAAGCAGUAUAUAUACUUGCUUUCAGGUACAGAGUCCAUCAGCUGUUUUCACCGCAGCUUAGACUACGGCAGAAUCAAACGCUGGCUGUCAUUCCUCGGAGAGAAAGAAGAUAAAAAUGCAGAUCUUUGUAAAAACUCUUACUGGCAAGACCAUCACACUUGAGGUGGAGCCCAGUGACACUAUUGAGAAUGUGAAGGCCAAGAUUCAAGACAAAGAGGGUAUCCCACCAGAUCAGCAGAGAUUGAUCUUUGCUGGCAAACAACUGGAAGAUGGCCGCACUCUCUGCGAUUACAACAUUCAGAAAGAAUCCACCCUCCAUCUUGUGCUCCGUCUGAGAGGUGGUAUGCAGAUCUUUGUGAAAACCUUAACAGGCAAGACCAUCACCCUUGAGGUGGAGCCCAGUGACACUAUUGAGAAUGUAAAAGCAAAGAUUCAAGACAAAGAGGGCAUCCCACCAGAUCAACAAAGAUUGAUCUUUGCUGGGAAGCAGCUUGAAGAUGGCCGCACUCUCUGUGACUACAACAUUCAGAAAGAAUCCACCCUCCACCUUGUUCUUCGUCUGAGAGGUGGUAUGCAGAUCUUUGUGAAAACCUUAACAGGCAAGACCAUCACCCUUGAGGUGGAGCCCAGUGACACUAUUGAGAAUGUGAAAGCAAAGAUUCAAGACAAAGAGGGUAUCCCACCAGAUCAGCAGAGAUUGAUCUUUGCUGGCAAACAACUGGAAGAUGGCCGCACUCUCUGCGAUUACAACAUUCAGAAAGAAUCCACCCUCCACCUUGUUCUUCGUCUGAGAGGUGGUAUGCAGAUCUUUGUGAAAACCUUAACAGGCAAGACCAUCACCCUUGAGGUGGAGCCCAGUGACACUAUUGAGAAUGUAAAAGCAAAGAUUCAAGACAAAGAGGGUAUCCCACCAGAUCAGCAGAGAUUGAUCUUUGCUGGCAAGCAACUGGAAGAUGGCCGCACUCUCUGUGAUUACAACAUUCAGAAAGAAUCCACCCUCCACCUUGUUCUUCGUCUGAGAGGUGGUAUGCAGAUCUUCGUGAAAACCUUAACAGGCAAGACCAUCACCCUUGAGGUUGAGCCCAGUGACACUAUUGAGAAUGUGAAAGCAAAGAUUCAAGACAAAGAGGGUAUCCCACCAGAUCAGCAGAGAUUGAUCUUUGCUGGCAAGCAACUGGAAGAUGGCCGCACUCUCUGUGAUUACAACAUUCAGAAAGAAUCCACCCUUCACCUUGUUCUUCGUCUGAGAGGUGGUAUGCAGAUCUUCGUGAAAACCUUAACAGGCAAGACCAUCACCCUUGAGGUGGAGCCCAGUGACACUAUUGAGAAUGUGAAAGCAAAGAUUCAAGACAAAGAAGGUAUCCCACCAGAUCAGCAGAGAUUGAUCUUUGCUGGGAAGCAGCUUGAAGAUGGCCGCACUCUCUGUGACUACAACAUUCAGAAGGAAUCAACAUUACAUUUAGUGCUUCGUCUGAGAGGUGGUUAUUAGAGGUGAAUACUGAAAAUACACUUCUAGACAUUGGAAACACAAUUUUUCAGAUGGUUUAGAUGAUCUUUUGAAAUGUUCACCUUCAUUAUAAUGGUAUAAAUAAUCCUAUGGGUUUUCCAAAAUGUAACAGACAAAAUGUGGUUUUCAUUUUUAAAUAAAAUUGUCUUACUAAAAACUUUAA